AUGCCUGGGCGCAGCGACAUGGAGCCGCCCUCUGCUUUCUCGGGCUUCCCGGCCCCGCCCUCGGUCGCGCCGUCGGGGCCGCCGCCGUCGCCGCUUGCCGGAGCCGAGCCCGGGCCGGAGCCCGAGGAGGCGGCCGCGGGCCGCGGGGAGCCGGAACCUGCGCCAGCGCCGGGCCCGGGCCGCCGCCGCCGCCGGCCCUUGCAGCGAGGGAAGCCGCCCUACUCGUACAUCGCGCUUAUCGCCAUGGCGCUGGCUCACGCCCCGGGCCGCCGCCUCACGCUGGCCGCCAUCUACCGUUUCAUCACCGAGCGCUUCGCCUUCUACCGCGACAGCCCGCGCAAGUGGCAGAACAGCAUCCGCCACAACCUCACGCUCAACGACUGCUUCGUCAAGGUGCCCCGCGAGCCGGGCAACCCGGGCAAGGGCAACUACUGGACGCUCGACCCGGCGGCUGCCGACAUGUUCGACAACGGCAGCUUCCUGCGGCGCCGCAAGCGGUUCAAGCGCGCCGAGAUGCCCGCGCUCCCUGCCGCGCCGCCCGCCCCCGCCGCCGGCCCGCCGCCCUUCCCCUACGCGCCCUACGCGCCCGGCCCCGCGCUGCUCGCGCCGCCUCCUCCCGCCGUUCCGGGCUCCACGCCGCCCGCGCGCCUCUUCAGCGUCGACAGCCUGGUGAGCCUGCCGCCCGAGCUGGCGGGGCUGGGCGCCCCCGAGCCGCCCUGCUGCGCUGCGCCCGACGCCGCCUUCCCGCCCUGCGCGGCAGCCGCCUCCCCGCCUCUCUACUCGCCGCCGCCCGACCGCCUGGGGCUGCCCCCGACGCGUCCUGGCCCCGGACCGUUGCCCGCAGAGCCGCUGCUGGCCUUGGCAGGGCCGGCGGCCGCGCUCGGCCCGCUCGGCCCGGGGGAGGCCUACCUGCGGCCGCCGGGCUACGCGCCGGGGCUGGAGCGCUACCUGUGAGCCCUUCCAGCCCGGCGGAGUGGCUCGGGCCCCUCUCCCCCAGGACGGGGCGCUGCCCGGGGCCCCCAUCUGUGCCCCCUUGGCUUGGA